GCGGAAUGGUACAUCCUGGGCGGGGCAAGCCGAAUCCGCGAAAACCGCGCGAAAUCCGCGGGAACUAGCUUUUUGGCGCCAUGGCGCAAAGUCGUGUUACCGAUUUCUAUGCGCGCCGUCGCCCAGGCCUUACUGCUCCGCGGGCCAAGUCGGCCUGUCUCACCCCGAGCCCCAGUGGGCUUGUGACCCCUCAGUUCACCCGGAGCAGCAGCCGCAAGCGCGCCCGGCCCUCCACCGAACCCAGGAACGACCAGCCCUCGCCGCCUGCGCGCCGCAGGCUGCGGCUUCCUGGACUGGACUCGUGCCCCAGUUCCCCAGCUGGUCCCAGCUCUCCAGCUGACCCUGGUUCCCCAGUAAGCCCAUCUCCUGUCAAGAAAAUAAAGAGCACCACUGUUUCAGAAGGUCCAGGCCUUUCUGCCACACCUCAGCAGCGGGACAAGGUCCCCUCAAAGGACUCUAUCUCAGAGCUCCAGUCCUGCCUGAGGCGGGCACGUAAGUUGGGAGCCCAGGCUCGGGCCCUAAAGGCUAGAGUCCAGGAGAAUGUUGUGGAGUCUUGUACUUCAGAUGCCAAGGUGCCCACAGAGCAACCAUGUGUGGAGAAGGUCCCUGCCUACCAGCGCUUCCAUGCCCUGGCCCAGCCUGGUCCCCCUGGCCUUGUCCUGCCCUACAAGUAUCAAGUGCUGGCCGAGAUGUUCCGUAGCAUGGACACCAUCGUGAGCAUGCUUCACAAUCGAUCUGAGACUGUGACCUUUGCUAAAGUCAAACAAGGUGUCCAGGACAUGAUGCGCAAACGCUUUGAAGAGCGCAAUGUGGGCCAGAUCAAAACCGUGUACCCCACAUCCUAUUGCUUUCGCCAGGAACGCAAUGUCCCUACUUUCAAGGACAGCAUCAAGAGAUCUGAUUACCAACUUACCAUAGAACCCUUGCUGGACCAGGAGUCUGGUGGUGGUGCCACCCAGCUCACAGCCACGUGCCUCUUGCAGCGCAGGCAGGUCUUCCGACAGAACCUGGUGGAGCGAGUCAAGGAGCAUCACAAGGCUUUCCUUGCUUCAUUGAACCCCCCCAUGGCUGUGCCUGAAGACCAGCUGACACGCUGGCACCCACGCUUCAAUGUGGAUGAAGUGCCUGAUAUUGAACCUGCUGAACUGCCCCAGCCCCCUGUCAUGGAGAAGCUCAGCACUGCCCAGGAGGUGUUGGCCCGAGCUCGCAGCUUAAUGUCACCCAAGAUGGAGAAGGCCUUGAGUAACCUGGUCUUGCGCUCAGCUGAGUCUAGUAGCCCUGGGUCCUCUAAUCCAGCACUCCCAGCCACCCCACCAGCCACUCCACCAGCUGCCUCUCCCAGUGCCCUGAAGGGUGUGUCCCAAGCCUUGCUGGAGCGGAUAAGGGCCAAGGAGGUUCAAAAGCAGCUGGCACAGAUGACACGGUGCCCAGAACAGGAGCUUCGGCUGCAGCGGUUAGAGCGCUUGCCAGAGCUGGCCCGUGUGCUACGUGGUGUCUUUGUGUCUGAGCGCAAGCCAGCACUCACUAUGGAAGUGGUCUGUGAGAGGAUGAUGGACAGUUGCCGAGCUGCCCUGAGCCCAGGGGAGAUGGAGAAGCACGUGUUGCUGCUGUCUGAGUUGCUGCCAGACUGGCUCAGCUUGCAUCGCAUUCGCACUGACACUUACAUCAAGCUGGACAAAGCUGCUGACCUAGCUGGCCUCACUGCAAGGCUGGCCCACCGGAUCCACACUGAGGGGUUAUGACUCAGUUCUUCACCUGGUGAUCUGUUGCCUUUAUCAGUACAAUGCACUUGAGCAUCUCUCUCAGUAUCACAGGCCCAAAGGCUUACCACCAGUAUGGGCAGCAAUUGUGCCCAUGAAGUGUGGGUGUUAAAUUAGUUUCUGAGGCUUUGGGAUACCCCAGACCCAGCACUUGUGUGGGUGUUGGGUAAAUAGACUUGAAGAGCAGAAUAUGUUCGAUGUUCAUCCCACAAACUACUCAUCUAGUUCUAGGUACUGUCAAGGACCAGUUGGGAGCCCUAGGUGAGCCUAGCCUAUUCUCUGUGCUCAUGAAAGCUGCUGUCUUGGUUAGAACCUUAUGACCCACACAGAGAACUUGGACUACUGGUCAGCUUUCACAAGGACAGGGAGUUAUGAAGGGCAGAGUGAAAUUGGACCUUCUGUAUAUAAUGGAAAUAGUUUUAUAGGUUGUGAGAUGAAAGUUUUUAUUUUUUAAAUCUUCUGUAACUAUGACCUUGGAUGUGAAUUUUAAUCUUGGCUUUUAAUAAAGUCAUGUAAGAUUUAAAUAAAAGCACUACGGAGAUUAAA